CACGGAACCAAGCCUGAGCGCGACCCGGGCACUGAGACACCGACUCCGCCGACGCUGGACGAAGCAGCGGGACCGGUCCGUGCCUGAGCAUGGAAAUGAAGCGCCAGGGAGGGCAUGUCCGGGGCGCCGGAGACGCCAGGCCCGAGUAGCUCCUCCAUGGAGCCUGCCCAGAGCGGUCCCUGCUCGCCGGUUUCGCCCCUGGUCCUGUGCGGCUGCUGAGAGCGCUCCUUGCUCUGUAAAGUGGAUGUCAGGUGGAUCUAUGUUUUUGAAGGAACAAAGACUCAGCGAAAGCACCGCCGAGGAAGUUUGAGACGCGGGAGGAUGCAGGCUGCGUGCUGGUACGUGCUUCUCCUCCUGCAGCCCACCAUCUACUUGGUCACAUGUGCCAAUUUAACAAAUGGUGGAAAGUCAGAACUUCUAAAAUCAGGAAGCAGCAAAUCCACACUAAAGCACAUAUGGACAGAAAGCAGCAAAGACUUGUCUAUCAGCCGACUCCUGUCACAGACUUUUCGUGGCAAAGAAAAUGAUACAGAUUUAGACCUGCGAUAUGAUACCCCAGAACCUUAUUCUGAGCAAGACCUUUGGGACUGGCUGAGGAACUCCACAGACCUCCAAGAGCCUCGGCCCAGGGCCAAGCGAAGGCCCAUUGUUAAGACGGGCAAGUUUAAGAAAAUGUUUGGAUGGGGUGAUUUUCAUUCCAACAUCAAAACAGUGAAGCUAAACCUGUUGAUAACUGGGAAAAUUGUAGAUCACGGCAAUGGGACAUUUAGUGUUUAUUUCAGGCAUAAUUCCACCGGUCAAGGGAAUGUAUCUGUCAGCUUGGUGCCCCCUACAAAAAUAGUGGAAUUCGACUUGGCACAACAAACCGUGAUUGAUGCCAAAGAUUCCAAGUCCUUUAACUGUCGCAUUGAAUAUGAAAAGGUUGACAAGGCUACCAAGAACACACUCUGCAACUAUGAUCCUUCAAAAACCUGUUACCAGGAGCAGACCCAAAGUCAUGUAUCCUGGCUCUGCUCCAAGCCCUUUAAGGUGAUCUGUAUUUACAUUUCCUUUUAUAGUACAGAUUAUAAACUAGUACAGAAAGUGUGCCCCGACUACAACUACCACAGUGACACACCUUACUUCCCCUCCGGAUGAGGAUGAACAUGGGUGAGACUGAAGCCUGAGGAAUUAAAGGUCAUAUGACAGGGCUGUUACCUCACAGAAGAAGGUCACAUCUGUUGCCUGGAAUGUGUCUACACUGCUGCUCUUGUCAACUGGCUGCAAAUGUGCCAGUGGAAAUCAAUCUGAUGUAAUUUCUGCCCAGUCAGCUUCAUCUCUCAGUAUAGUUGUAAAUCACCACAGAUUUUAAAGGCACACUUGAAGACAUGCUCUCACACAUAGAUGUACACAAACACAUAUUCUUAUACAUUUCAGCUUGCAUCUGUCAUGAUUCCUGUCAAGAGGGCUUUCAUUGUCUGACUCAUAAUGGUUUAGGAUAAACUUUCAUCAAGCAAAAGGAUUAACUAGACAGUGAAUGGUUUCUAACACUUGCUGUUAUGGAAAUCUCUUUUAAAGUCUUGAGUACAUGCUAAUCAAUAAUCCCCAUUCAUGCAUUCCUACUGCUUGGAGUAGCUGUACUGGUAAAUACUACUGUAGGAGUAUAUGCUUGUUAAAAUGGAAAAAAAAAUGUGUCUUUAGAGCUCAGUAUUCUUUAUUUUAUGAACACAACAAAGUGUAGUAAAUUUUUUCCAGCAUAUAGUAGGCACAUUCAAGGUAAUAUAAGAUGGCUCCUUUUUUCUAUGGAGGGAGCCUGUUUUCAGUAAAGAUGAGCAAACAUUUGGAAUUUACAUGUGGGCAGACAUUGGAUUACAGCUUUCAUCACCAGUCAUUGGACUUUUGCAAAGUGAGACCAGCUAAGGCUGCUUAAAACAAGUUCUGAUCAUUAUAUAAGAAGGGAAAUGCCUGACAGACACCAUGUAAGUUAGAAGUGUCUGUCUUAUCUUUACUACACAUAUUGUAACAAAUUCAAUAUCCUAGUCUUCAUUUGUAUGAAUGGUUUGUAUUGUACAUAGUUUAACCCAGUGUUAUUUGAGCUGCUAAUUAAUAUUAACUUGUAUUUGUCUCUGCUUGUUAUUGGUUAAAAAAGAAAAAAAAAA